AAUACCUUAUAAAUAUCGCAUUUCACACCUUUGAAACCCUUGCUCUACUCUACCUGCUUACAUACCUUCCUGACAAAGCUCGAUUUCUGCUCUCUGAUUCUUCUUCCUAAGAAAAUCGGAAAGAUGAGCCGACACCCUACAGUGAAGUGGGCCCAGAGAUCAGAUGUGCUCUACAUAACUGUUGACCUGCCAGAUGCACAGGACGUGAAGCUUAAAUUGGAGCCUGAAGGAAAAAUUUUCUUUUCUGCUAUCAGUGGAGCAGAUAAGAUUCCUUAUGAAGUUGACAUUGAUCUGUAUGACAAGGUUGAUGUAAAUGGAAGCAAGGCUAGUGUCGGCAAAAGAAAUAUAUGUUACCUCAUAAAAAAGGCUGAGGGCAAGUGGUGGAGCAGAUUGAUUAAGCAGGAGGGCAGACCACCUGUCUUUUUGAAAGUUGAUUGGGAUAAAUGGGUUGAUGAAGAUGAGGAACAUGAACCGGAAAACAAGUUAGGAGCUGAUAUGGACUUUGGGGACUUUGACUUGUCUAAACUAAAUAUGGGUGGCGGCAUUGAAGGCUUUGGUGCUGCUGAAGGAGAUGAUGAUAAUGAAGAAAGCGACACAGAAGAUGAAAAUAUGGAAGAAGCACCCCCUGCAGAGAAGGAAGAGGUACCACCUGUGGAGAAGAGAGGAGCAACGUCAACUGGUGGUGAAGCUGAAGAGAAAAAAGACUGAAAGCUGCGUUUUAUAUUCCAGAGCUAUCCGUAAUGAGUUCAAAGUUUGACAACCGAAUAUUAUGAAUGAUUUACUAUUUGGGUUGCCCUUUUUGUGGAAACCUCUACGUUUUGAGUUGAACUCCUGUCUCUUCUAUUCAUUUAGUUAAAUCAUGAUGCUUCUAUUAAGUGCCUUUUGUAGACAUUAAGGCUUUGUCUGAGAAUAUUAAGGUAGGAUUUUGCCUGUAAGUUUUUUAGUCUUUUAAUAUUUCAAAAAUAUAUAAAAUAUAUUUGAUAUA